AGGCGAGUUAGGUGAAACCAAUAGUGGACGACUCGCUUUCUUGACCAACGCCAGCUCUUACCUUUCCCCAAUGGAAGAAUCCCUUCACCACUGCAACCCCACUUAAAUUUCCCCCUUCUUCUUCUUCCUCUUUCAUCUCCCCAAAUUCCCACUUUUCAUUUGCCCUCUAAAAUGGAGGCCGCCUUGGUUUUUACUUCCCCUCCUGCAACUCCUUCGCCUCUUCUCUCCAAACCCACUUCCCUUUUUGCCUCCAAUCGUCGAUUCUUGCCUCUUACUUCCAGUUUGCCUCAUGGGGCUCUCAACCUUCGCUCUGUUCAAGCCUCUGUUGCGUCUGUUGGGCCUUCCCCAAAAACAAGGGUGGACAUCAGUGAGAACUUGACCCUAGAGGCAAUAAGACGCUCAUUAAUCUCUCAAGAGGACAGCAUUAUCUUUAGUCUUUUAGGGAGAGCUCAGUACUGCUAUAAUGGAGAUACAUAUGACCCCAGUGCUUUCUCCAUGGAUGGCUUCAAUGGCUCUUUGGUGGAGUACUUGGUCAUGGAAACUGAAAAGCUGCAUGCUCAGGUGGGAAGAUACAAGAGUCCUGAUGAGCAUCCUUUCUUUCCCAACGACUUACCUGCUCCAUUGUUGCCUCCGCUUCAGUAUCCACAGGUACUACAUCCUGUGGCGGAUUCCAUUAAUAUAAAUAGCAAAGUAUGGAGCAUGUACUUCAGGGAUCUGAUACCAAGAUUAGUCAAGGAAGGAGAUGACAGCAAUUAUGGAUCAACUGCUGUCUGUGACACCAUUUGCUUGCAGGCUCUAUCGAAGAGAAUCCAUUAUGGAAAAUAUGUAGCAGAAGCGAAGUUUCGAGACUCGCCCAAGGCAUACGAGGCUGCAAUUAGGAAGCAAGACAAAGAGCAAUUGAUGGAUAUACUGACAUUCCCGAGCGUCGAGGAGGCGAUAAAACAGAGAGUCGAAACUAAAGCGAAAACAUUUGGGCAAGAGGUUCCUAUGAAUGUAGAGGAAAAACAUACUACCCCAGUUUACAAAAUACAACCCAGUUUGGUUGCUGAACUUUAUGGAGAAUGGAUCAUGCCAUUAACAAAGGAAGUUCAAGUUCAAUACUUGUUGAGAAGAUUGGAUUGAUUCGCCUAAGUUUUCAUAAUCAAUGUUUAAAAUGGUAAAUAGCAACAAAAAGUGGUGUGAUUGUUACUGGUAGAAGUCCUUAAGAAUUUUCUUUUAGUUGAGUGAUUAAUGUUAUAAAGUCUAAUAGAAUGUGUUAACGGUCAAGAGAUAUGUAUGAUUGAAAUCUCCCACUCCUUAUUGUACUAAAAAUGUUAUACUCUCCAA